AAAAAAUAAAAUAAAAGGUAUUGAUCUAAAUUACAAUAUCGUUUGUUCAAUUAAACCUAGCUAGCUGUACAAGUGAAGAUCAUGGCCUCAUCUAGCUACUCUAACUCUCGAUCCAAUGAAUUAUUUCCUAGUUGCUGCUAUAAAAAUUAAAGACUAUAAUCAAUCAUAAGUACUUAUUCCAACGUUUCUGAGAGUAUCGCGUCAAUUUAUUUAAAUAUUUAUUGAAAAAAAAUACUUAUUUUAGUUGUACGUGUUUGAUUCUUAAUUGGCAUUACUGCAGUGAAGAUCAUGGCCUCAUCUAGCUACUCUAACUCUCCCUGUGCUGCCUGCAAGUUCCUGAGAAGGAAAUGCAUGCCGGAUUGCAUUUUCGCGCCAUAUUUCCCACCAGAAGAGCCUCAGAAAUUCGCCAAUGUGCACAAGAUAUUCGGUGCAAGCAACGUGAGCAAGCUUCUGAAUGAGGUGCAGCCUCAUCAGAGAGAGGAUGCAGUGAAUUCUCUGGCCUAUGAAGCCGAGGCAAGGAUAAAGGAUCCAGUUUAUGGGUGUGUUGGGGCAAUCUCAGUGCUCCAAAGGCAAGUGAUUAGGCUCCAGAAGGAACUUGAUGCCACAAGUGCUGAUUUGAUUCGUUAUACUUGCAAUGAAAUGCCAACUACUACUCAAGAUGGUAGAAGGAUUAUUGGUGAAGGGGGUGGUUCUUCUCUUGGUCAAUCUUCUGGUUACUAUUACCCUUCUCCUUGGAACAAUGAUACACUUGGAGAUGGUUAUCACAGAGGUGACAAUAUAUAAUAUAGUAUAUAUGUGAUUUUAAUUUCAACCUUGUUAAGUAUGAAAUGAAAUUUAUCCUACUAUUAGUUAAGGAGUUAUAAAUAUAUCCCUUUAGGGUUUCUUAAUUAUUGUA